AUGAUCUGGAGCGGUACUGGCGGUGGCGGUAGUACCACCGCCAGCAGCAAUAUCAUGAGCAGCUUCAAGUCUUGCCAAGAGGAUCAAGAGGCCUCCCCCAACGUGCCCUCCUUGUCGUCUCCAUCGGUGCUCUUCUCCCAGCAGUUUCUGCACGCCGGUACCUCUUCAGGCCAGCUAGGUCAUAUGAACGGUGGCGCAGCUGGUUCUCUUCCAAGUCUGCAUGACGGCGGCAGCGGUCAAGAGAACCACAUGCCGGAAUCAUGGAGCCAGAUGCUUCUAGGGGGGUUAGUUGGAGGAGACCAUGAGCGAUACAGCGCCACCACCGCAGCUCUCCUGUCAAAGGGCAUAGAGAAUUGGGGGGAUCACACUGCAACUGCAAGUGCAUGCAUGGUGGGUGGUGGUAUGAAGGAGGAGGGCUCCGCCAUGCCUCAACCUCCGUACAACUUCUAUGGGAGCCACAGCCACCUCGCUGCUGGUGACCAUGAUAUGCCGGCGCCAGGAGGGGCCAGCAAGUCCCAGCUGAGCCAGAUGCUCCUGGCCUCGUCUCCUAGGUCUUGCAUCACCACCAGCCUCGGCAGCAACAUGCUCGACUUCUCAAACAGCGCGCCAACGCCGGAGCUAAAGAACCACCAUCAUAACUCUGAUAACUCAUCUGAGUGCAACAGCACUGCAACAGGUUCAGCCAACAAGAAGCCUAGGGUUCAGGCCUCCUCUUCUGCACAAUCUACUCUAAAGGUGAGGAAGGAGAGAUUGGGUGAUAGAAUAACUGCUCUUCACCAGAUUGUUUCCCCGUUUGGCAAGACUGACACGGCGUCUGUGCUCCAAGAGACCAUUGGCUAUAUCAGAUUCCUCCUGGGUCAAAUUGAGGCUCUCAGCUACCCCUAUAUGGGCCACGGCAAUGGGACCUCCAUUCAAAAUGGACCAAUUGGAGAAAGGAACCCUGCAGGGCUCUUGCCAGAAUACCCCGGCCAGCUUCUAAACCAUAAUAACAACACUGGAGCACAGCAGCCUGCAGUCCAGCCUGAUGAGCAGCAGGGUGUGAAUGACGAGACGAAGGACUUGAGGAGCCGGGGGCUGUGCCUCGUCCCGGUGUCAUGUACGUUGCACUUUGGAGGGGACAACGCCGCUGACUACUGGGCCCCAGCGCCGCUGGGUGGGAUCCUCCACUAG